AAACGACAUGUUUUCCGCCCUUUAGCUUGACGCAACUAGCUAAACUUCAGAAUGAACCUCUGGAGAGGAAAAGCCGUUAGUUUUACACCGUUAGAGGAGAAAGCCUGACAGUCCAUGUCUUUUAUACAACUUUCGGCUCAGUGACACUUUUACUGGCUGCCAUGUCUAGAGAAAACACCACUCGAAGUUUGGACAGUAUAGACCUCGCUUCUCUUAGAGAUCCAGCGGGCAUCUUUGAGCUGGUUGAGGUGGUUGGCAACGGGACCUACGGCCAGGUAUACAAGGGUCGCCAUGUCAAGACCGGUCAGCUGGCAGCCAUCAAAGUCAUGGAGGUUACAGAGGAAGAAGAAGAGGAGAUCAAGCUGGAGAUCAAUAUGCUGAAGAGUUACUCCCACCACAGGAACAUUGCUACUUACUAUGGUGCCUUCAUUAAGAAAGGUCCUGCUGGACAGGACCACCAGCUCUGGUUGGUGAUGGAGUACUGUGGAGCGGGCUCUGUGACAGACUUGGUGAAAAAGACCAAAGGAAGCUGUCUGAAAGAGGACUGGAUUGCCUACAUCUGCAGGGAGGUGCUCAGGGGUCUUUCCCAUCUUCACUCCCACCAUGUGAUCCACCGGGACAUUAAGGGACAAAAUGUUUUACUCACAGAGAACGCUGAGGUCAAACUGGUCGACUUUGGCGUCUCGGCUCAGCUGGAUAAGACGAUCGGUCGAAGGAACACUUUCAUCGGUACGCCAUAUUGGAUGGCUCCAGAGGUCAUCGCCUGUGAUGAGAACCCUGAGGCAACAUACGACUAUAGGAGUGACCUCUGGUCUUUGGGCAUCACCGCUUUAGAGAUGGCCGAUGGAGCCCCCCCUCUCUGUGACAUGCAUCCAAUGAGAGCGCUGUUUUUGAUUCCUCGAAACCCUCCACCACGGCUGAAGUCAAAGAAAUGGUCGAAGCGUUUUUUAUCAUUCGUUGACAGCUGCCUGAUCAAAAACCACCUGCAUCGGCCAACCACGGACGCUCUGCUGAGGCACGCCUUCAUCAGAGACCUGGCUAAUGAGAGACAGGUGCGCAUCAUGCUCAAAGACCACCUGGACCGAACCAGGAAGAAGAGAGAAAAAGAGGGUCCGGAGUACGAGUAUAGUGGCAGUGAGGAUGAAGACGAUGAGGUCACAGAGGAGGAAGGCGAGCCCAGCUCUAUAGUGAACGUUCCUGGUGAAUGGACGUUGAGACGGGAGUUCCUGCGUUUACAGACGGAAGAUCAUCAAGGAGGUCGAGGAGGUCAAAGACAACAGGCGCUGCAGCAGCAGGCUGAGCAGGAGCGAUACAAGCAGCAGAUUCUGGCUGACAGACAGAGGAGGAUCCAGUUACAACAGGAGCAACGACAAAAGUUGGAGGAUAAGCAGAAACAGCAGCUGGCAGAGCGUCGCUUUCAGUGGGCGGAGCUUCAGGAAGUGUUUGUGGGGGAAGAGUCUGAUCUCCAUGACAACAGAGUGGAUGGGAGAAACAGGAGGUGUGACUGGAGACAGGACCAGCCCAUCAGACUGCAGAGUGCUGAUGUAUCAUUAAGGCCCCCGGACUCCACAGCAGAGCAGAGAGCUGCUCCUGCCAACCUGCUGCUUCAGCACAAGGUCCAACAGCUUCAGCUGCAAGCUAAGCCUCAGCCUGUAGCCCAGCACCAGCAGCCCACAGCGGGCAGGAGGUCUCACCGCACCCUGCCCAAGGACCAAACCCAGCUCCUGUCACUGCAGCACGACCACCGACAGCGGGACAAGGACAGGCAGAGGGACACGCCUGCAGCGGCCGUCCAGAAGCAAACAGCUGUUAGUGUGCAGAAGGCUGCUGCAGCAGCUUCACCCAGACAGCCCUCAGUGAUGGAGCUGCAGGAGUCUCAGCUGGCCAGGGUGCUUUUGGCUGCUGGGCUGCCCAGCCAGAUGCACUCAAGGCUGGGCUCUGGAAGCAGCUCCAGUCCUUGUACACCAGCCAUGAAGAGAGCUCAGUAUAGCCAGAAUGCCAAUCUCCUCUCCAGUCGAGACACCCCUCACAGCAGCUCCAUGUCAGAUAUGGCCCUCUCCCCCUUGUCCCCGUUGUCCCCUCUGUCCCUGACAGAUGAUGUCUUCUGGGACCCGGCUGAGAUGCCACCUAAAGUCCCAGAACGCACCACUUCUAAAUUUUACUGCAGAGAGCUUGUGAUGGGACACAAGAGGACGGCUUCAAGUGGCAGUCCGGUGUCUCCGAUGGAGAAGACCAGAGCCUUCGUGUCACAAGGAGGCUCCCCUUCAAACAGGAACCACCCAGGUUACUUCCAGCUGGAAAGUCCUCUCCUACACCGCAGUCUGCUGCAGCAGAAGGAAACAGACACCAGAGCGCACACACAAGGAGUCAAAGUUGCUCUGGGUCGGCUCAACAAGGCCACAGAACGCUCCUCUUCUAGUGACGAGGUCGGCAGCAGCGAUGAUGAGGACAGAAACAGGUCUGGCCUGUCCAACGGAAAAGGCAAACACUUCCGAAGAAUACCAGAUGGCAUCGUCCUGCAGCCCCACCGUAAUCUCCACCAGGUGUCUCCUCUGGGUUUGGACGACACCUACCGUCUGCCAGACCUGGUGCUGAAAACCUCAUCCUCCAGUCCGACUGAUAACACCCCGGGCCGCCAGCGCACACGUGAACUCAGCUACUCGCUGUCCCCCACAGCUCCCGGAUCGCCCACGCUGCAAGAUCUGCAUGCUAUGAGCAGUCCCACUGGAAUGAGCACCUCGUGCUCUUCCUCCCUGUCCUUCAUCGACCCAAGACUGAUCCCCAUGUCGUCGCCACCGCUCAGUCCCACAGGCAGCAAAGGUGAGCCACUGAAGAGGGAGAGUCACAGGAAGGGCUCCGUGGUGAACGUGAACCCAACCAACAUCCGACCUCAGAGUGACACGCCAGAGAUCCGCAAGUACAAGAAGAAGUUCAACGCUGAGGUUCUGUGUGCUGGACUUUGGGGAGUGAACCUGCUGGUGGGGACAGAAAAUGGCCUUUGGCUGCUGGAUCGAAGCGGACAGGGAAAAGUCUACUCUCUCAUCAGCAGACGGAGGUUUCAGCAGAUGGAUGUCCUGGAGGGACUCAAUGUCCUCAUUACAAUAUCAGGAAAAAAGAACAAGCUGCGUCUGUACUACCUGUCCUGGUUAAGGAAUAAGAUCCUCCACAACGACCCAGAGGUGGAGAAGAGACUAGGCUGGACCUCAGUGGGGGACUUGGAGGGUUGUGUACACUAUAAAGUGGUGAGAUACGAGAAGAUUAAGUUCUUGGUGAUUGCUCUGAAGAACGCCGUGGAGGUCUAUGCCUGGGCCCCCAAACCCUAUCACAAGUUCAUGGCCUUCAAGUCCUUCAGGGCCCUGCCUCAAAAACCAUUAUCUGUUGACCUGACGGUGGAGGAAGGACAGAGGUUAAAGGUCAUCUACGGCUCUGUGUCUGGUUUCCAUGCCAUCGAUGUCGACUCUGGAACCCCGUAUGAUCUCUACCUGCCUACACAUAUUCAGGGCUCCAUCCGUCCUCACGCUGUUAUCAUUUUACCGAACAAAGCUGGAACAGAGGUCCUGGUGUGCUACGAAGACGAAGGCGUCUACAUUGACACAUUUGGACGCAUCACCAAGGAUACGGUGCUGCAGUGGGGGGAGAUGCCUACAUCAGUCGCCUACCUUCAGUCCAACCAGGUGAUGGGUUGGGGAGAGAAGGCCAUUGAGUUGAGGUCGGCCAACACCGGGAGCCUCGAGGGAGUCUUCAUGCACAAAAAGGCCCAAAAACUCAAGUUUCUGUGUGAGAGGAACGACAAGGUGUUCUUUGCCUCAGUGCAGUCAGGAGGCAGCAGUCAGAUCUACUUCAUGACUCUCGGACAGAAUUCGCUCUUCAGCUGGUGACGAGCAGACCUGUGAACUCUGGGAUUGACUAGUUGGGUCUGAGAAUUGGAUUGGUCAUGACCAAUUUGAAUCAUCAGGAAAAAAGAAGCUGGAACCCUGAGGUUUUAUUGUGAUUGAUCCUAAAUCCCACCGCUCCAUCUUCUCCUCCUCCAGCCCGUCGCUCUGCGUCUCCAGCUGCAGUAGCCACACCAAUAGGAGCUAAUCCUCACCAGGUAACUGGUUCACCUGUUUGAAAUGAGAGCAGCAGGAGACAUCAGAGCUGCUCCCAUCCCAGCAUCAGUGAUUGACCCACACUUUGCAGGUCUGAGGAUGGUCUGCUGAUUUAUCAUCAUCUGCUUUCAACAGGAAGAUCACGUUCUUUGGUUUGAGGAUUUAGUUUUUAAAGAGCAAACUGCAGGUUAGAGACUCCCAUGAACCAAUGUUUAGAGAAACAUAAUAGAAACUCGUUUUAAACAUUUUUUUUACACUGACAUAAAUUAUUUAGGCUCUUAGAGUCAUUUUUGUGAGAAAAGUUUUUUUUGGCCAAACCAAGUGACGUCAGCUGAGGGAGUCCUGUUAGCUUAAUCCAGAGAAUCAUAUGGAUUCUAAUACGCCUCUGACACAGAGGAAACUUUAAAUGUUUAUAAUUCUACUUAUGAUGGACCAAAACCAUAAAGUUAUGAGUUUGCUGCUCGCCCCAGAGAGCAGAGACAAACCAGAGGGAGAAACCAUCGGCCAAAGCAGAGAUUAAGGAGAAGCGGCGGGGGAGCAGCAGGAGAGUUAACGAUGCUAGCUUAAACUCGUUUGCUAACAUCACAAUAUAGUACAGCUUACUAUCAUGCGCCAGACAGUUAAAAUAGUAUCGGUCAGUUAAUAUAAUAUUAAUACUAAUGAGCGUCUGUCAGCGGUCUCAUACUCAUUAAUAUCUGUUCACAUAACAUAGUUUAGCGCUUAGAGUGAGGGAGAGAGACGCCUGUCAUCCGGUUCUGGAGCUCAUGCGGGCUUCUGUGAGCUGGAUCCGACCCAGACACCAGCGAGCCAGUCCAGCUGGUAUUUUUUUAAAACUGCGCAUGAUCCUCUCCUGGUGGUCCAGGUGGCGGUUCUGAUCUGGUUCUGACUCAGAAACCAGCUGGCCUGCUGAGCCGCGCGUCUCUUCUGGUGGUUGGUUAAGACCUGGUUCUGAUGGUGAUCUGAGUUCCAGAAAUCCACAUUUAAGUUUUUAAAACCCCACCAUGGGUCUCCAGAGCAUCAGGAGGAGUAACACCACCAUGUCUAGAUGACUCUAUGAUCCUCCAUCACAUUUUACCUUUUCAUUACUUUUGGGGAGGGAUUUGCUUUAAAAAAUGCCUUUACCCAGUUAUCAGAUCUGCACUUCCUGUUUGUAAACCCUCCAAACACGCCACUGCUCAGAACUUUAGUAAAGUUCUUGUUUUCAAUAGAAAACCAGAUGAAACGAAGCAGAAGAACCUCAGACGCUGUCAUAGUUGGAAAUGAAGGCUUCAGUGGACACUGAUGUUUGUUUAGGCUCAAAAUAGCGAGAAAGAAAGAGUCGUCUGUGAAGACAUGUCCAAACACACACACACACACAAGUGUGCACCACGCCCGACAGCCACCCAAAUCACACCUCCAUAGUUACAGAAGCCGCUCAAUGGGGCAGUCCGUCAUAAACCGCCGAAGAAGAAGCAAAAUAAAGGACUUGAGUACCUCUGUCUGCUCUGGUCUUAUAGAAAUGCCCAAAUCUAAAAGCUGAUGCCAAAGGCAUUCAGGCGAGCGCUGUUCCUGAGCCGAGGCCAUCUUUGUAGUUUUUGUCAGUCGCAGCUUUCGUUCCAAGCCCACUCAUGUGUCUCUACAACAUAGAGCGCUGUGAUUAGCUAGCUAAAAUUGUUUGGGCCAAUGGUAGGCCUGCUGAGGCUACAAUGGAGCGUGGCUAGAUCAGCCUGCAGAGCUAAAUAGUUUUGCUGCUGCUACGAUCGGUCUGUUGUAGGUUAGAAGAUUUUAGUUGGUCUGGAUAAUUUGUGGGAGUUACGGGGGUUGCAUCUUCCAUGGGUCAUAAUUCGUCACGAGCGACUAACGAAGCAUGUCAUUACCUUUGAAAGUGAUAUUUAGUCCAAUAAGUAAUCCCAGGCUAAACACCAUGAAAAAGUAAAAUGAUCUAUGUACUCAAAUUCAUUCACUCAACUUUAUUGAACAAAUAGCAACAAAAUAAGAACAACUGAAGUAAUAAAAAUGGUUAAUUAAAUAAAUACAUGCAAAAUUCACAUCUUUGAAUUGUGUUAGAGUGGUUCUGUUGGUAGUCUGAUACUGAUUUUAGUGCUUAAUUGGUUGAAACACAAUAUAGUUUGUCCAAACUGUGUUGCCGUAGUGUGAUGUCAUCAACAGGAGUAUGGAACUUGGAUUGGGACAAUAUGAAAUUUAACUUGUAAAAAAAAAUCAAUGUACAAGUUUCAAGUCACAACUCUCAAAACACAAAUCUCAGUCUACAAGUACAAAACAUUUUGUCCCAAUUCGAGCUUCCUUCCAACAGGAAUUGUCUUGGACAGGAAUCCAAGACUCGUGAUUGGCUGACCAGACAAAGCCGGUCAUUGAUUUUUUGGGAAGGAAGCUAGAAAUGGGACAAAAUGUUUUGUACUUGUAGACUGAGAUUUGUGUUUUGAAACUUGUACAUUGAUUGUUUUCUGCAAGUAACAAAAUGAAAGUUUCAUGUUACAUACCAAAUGUUACGUGUUACAAAACGAGAAUUACAGGCUACAAAAUGAAAGUUAAAGUUACAAAGCAUGUUACAGGUUACAAAGCUUGGUACAAGCUACAUGUAAUAUUGUCCCAAUCCUAGUUCCAUAUAGGAGCAGGGCGAUAACUUCGGCUUAUUUAGUCUUUUCAGACUAAUAUCAAUCAGUCUAAAUGUUUUUCUUUUAUGUGUAACGCGGUAAAUAUGACAAACUAACAAAUAAAAUAUAUCUAGAUGUAAAUAAACCUAAAAGUAUAUAGAACGACAAAAAAUAGGUUUUUUAGUUUAAUUUAAAAACAUCAGCAGUCUCAGCUUCAUGUAUAUUCGUUGUGUUUCUGUGGAAAACAAGAACAUUCCCAAGUGGUUAUAAAAACUUCCGGAGGAUUUAUCUAUUUAUUUGGGUCUUUUCUGUCCUCUAACUCCAGUGUUAGCAUUCAUCUCACCACAAAUCAGUUUAGGGACCAAAUGAAGGUUUUUAUUUUGCUUGAAAUGGUGUUGUGAAGAUUUACGAAUCCCAGUUUGUCUUUGCUGGUUUUCCUGUGUUUUGUACAGCCUGAGAUGUAUAUAUUUGCCUCAAAUACACUGUUUUCUAAAUGCUUUAUAAACAACAAGCCAUCUUUACGUGUUUGUACAGAAUUAUAGAUGUAUAAAUGUGAAACUCAGCCUUGGAGCAGGUUUCCUGCAUGUGACCCACGGGAAGCCACCAGGGUGACUUUCUCCUGAUGUGUUCCAGGUGUUUUGCACAAAAACCAUCCUCUAUGUUUUUCCUGCUCUGAGGUGUUGUGAUCCAUAUUGUUGCCUGUGGUCUGGGAUCAGCUUUAGUGACACUACCAGAUCCAGGGUGCUCUCCCGUUUCUAACCUUCUUGAUUUUGAAUUUGUUUUUGUCUUUUCGAGACGAUGCAAUGAGCUGCAGGAAAACGAUGUCUGGUUAUUUUUCUUUACACACUGAGCCAUAAACAUCAAGCCAAAGACUGAA